AUGCUCUGUUUCUACAAAAAGUCAACCCUACAGUCUGGACAGUUGGAUAUAAUUGUUCCUUUGCACACCAAAGAAUUGUUUCAAACGUUGUCAUUUGGGUUGGGACUAAACACAAUGCAAGGGCGUGAAGCCAAACAUAUCAAACUUAAAAAGUACAUUGAAAAUACAACCAAUGUUCAAAAGAGUCAAAGGUGGGAGCAUGUUUUCCGACAUGAGCACAUUGCAGUAGUCUGGCUUAGAGACCUUGAUCCCCACUCAGCAAAGUACAGGAGGCAAAGCUUGGAAGGUCAAGCCAAAGGAGUUGAAGGGGAAUAUUACAUUCCAAAACGGUGUAGAGAGAGUGAUUACUGCUUCUGUGGUCUUCGCAAACAGCAGUUAACAGACAGUAAAUGUUCUAUUUGUGGGAGUGACUUAAUGAGGUGGAUAAAUGAAAGUAUUGCUGCAGGGAAAAUAUUACCUGCAGUUAAGCAGUAUUUGACUUCAUGA